AUGGCAAGCCAGAGCAAACAAGCAGGUAUUAAGACGUGCAAGAGCUCAGAAGAGGCUGUUUGUGAGAGCAAUGUGACUCUGAGGGUUGUCAGUGAGAGCAAAGCACCCCUGAGGUCUGUCAGUGAGAGUGAAGCGCCCCAGAGGGCUGUGAGUGAGAGCGAAGUGCCCCUGAGGGCUGUCAGUGAGAGCGAAGAGCCCCUGAGGGCUGUGAGUGAGAGCGAAACACCCCUGAGGGCUGUCAGUGAGAGCGAAGAGCCCCUGAGGGCUCUCACGCCCCAGAGGGCUGUGAGUGAGAGCGAAACACCCCUGAGGGCUGUGAGUGAGACUGAAGUGCCCCUGAGGGCUGUGAGUGAGAGCGAAACACCCCUGAGGGCUGUGAGUGAGAGCGAAGCGCCCCUGAGGGCUGUGAGUGAGAGCGAAGCGCCCCUGAGGGCUGUGAGUGAGAGCGAAGAGCCCCUGAGGGCUGUGAGUGAGAGCGAAGCGCCCCUGAGGGCUGUGAGUGAGAGCGAAGCGCCCCUGAGGGCUGUGAGUGAGAGCGAAGAGCCCCUGAGGGCUGUGAGUGAGAGCGAAGCGCCCCUGAGGGCUGUGAGUGAGAGCGAAGCGCCCCUGAGGGCUGUGAGUGAGAGCGAAGCGCCCCUGAGGGCUGUCAGUGAGAGCGAAGAGCCCCUGAGGGCUGUCAGUGAGAGCGAAGAGCCCCUGAGGGCUGUCAGUGAGAGCGAAGAGCCCCUGAGGGCUGUGAGUGAGAGCGAAACACCCCUGAGGGCUGUGAGUGAGAGCGAAGCACCCCAGAGGGCUCUCAGUGAGAGUGAAGCACCCUGA